AUGCAGCCAACAAAAAAAGGUAUUCCAUUUGUGCUUGAUCCCGUCGGUAUGGGUACUACUGAACUUCGUACGCGAACCAUAGAACAACUUACAAACUCCUUUGAAUUGCAACUUAUCAAGGGCAACUCAGGUGAAAUUGGACGACUGCAUGGAGACCAUACGGUAGACGUGCGUGGUGUAGAUUCAAUAGCAGGAGUUACGGAUCCUGUUACGACUGUACGUGAUUUAGCGAUAAAAUUUAAUGGUCGCACAGUGGUAGCACUUAGUGGAAAGACCGACUACGUCAGUGACCGCCAACGCAUAGUUAGUGUGCCCAAUGGUAGUGAGCGUUUGUCGCUGCUAACCGGGAUGGGCUGUACAGUUACAGCACUUAUGGGAUGUUUUGUGGCGGUUACAAAAGAUUACUUUGUUGCAGUAAUUGAUGUUUUUGCUGUUAUGGGCGUCUGUGCUGAACCAGCUGACAAAAAAACACGCGGUCAGGGCCCAGCGAACUUUCAAGUCUGCUUUCUUCGAUCAGUUUGCCAAGCUGACUAGCGCUAAACUGGAGCAACAUACGAAUAUCACCGUUAUUCCAUGAGUGUAGUCUAGAUAUCAAUAAUUAUACUGUGAAACGCGUUAGAGUAGCUCAAAAACGUUUAUUAAUUGAGAAUUAAAGCAUCUGUUGUGAACUUGAAAGUUCUGAGUAGUUUUCUUAGAGUGGGGGUGUGGAUGAAGAAAAGACUGAUAUCAUCAGCCAUAUUUACCCGAAAAACCCACAAACGCACACAUGGCCUAUACUAGCAUCCCACAGACACACCCUAACUGGUUAGAGUGUGACUGUUCUUGUCGGUACACAUAUCCAUAUGACACUCCGAAUGGCUCGUAUGAAAUUCAUUGUUUUCCCUGUUAUUGGUUCCUAUAGCUCGAAAUGUUUUCGUCGGUAUUUAGAAAGAUGAAUCAAAGCCUUAAAUGUGUCUUCAGCAAGGGGGAAACGACUGCCUUUUGACUUUUUUGACUUAAUUGACUUUUCUGACUUUUUUGACUUUCAUGACUUGAGGGUGUGGGUGGGGUGUGGGUGUGUGUGUGGGUGUGGGUGUGGGUGUGGGUGGGUGGGUGUGGGUGUGGGUGUGGGG